GAUCGCGGCUGGCCCAGCCCCCACCAGCCUAGCUCAGCCGGGCCUCAUGGAUUCGCAGUCGCGCUGCGUGGUGGUGACCGGUUUUGGACCCUUCAGACAGCACCUGGUGAAUUCCAGCUGGGAAGCCGUAAAGGAACUCUCCAAGCUGGGUUUAGGGGUGGACACUAACACAGAACUGCGAACUCUGCAGCUGCCCGUGGAUUACAGGGAGGUGAGUCGGAGGCUCGCCACAAUCUGGGAAGAUUUGCGACCACACCUUGCGGUGCAUGUGGGCAUGGACACUUCCACCAAGGCCAUCUUUCUGGAACAGUGCGGCAAGAACGGAAGUUAUCGGGAUACAGAUAUACGAGGCUUCCAGCCUGAGGGUGGAGUGUGCCUCUCAGGUGGCCCGGAAGUGAUGCACUCUGUUGUCAGCAUGAAGGAAGUCUGCCGGCGUGUUUCCCUUGAGGAUGUCGAGGUGGCCUUUUCCCGAGAUGCGGGCAGGUACGUCUGUGAUUACACCUACUACCUGUCCCUGUACCUCGGAGAUGGGCACGCAGCGCUCAUCCAUGUCCCUCCGCUGUCACACCGGCUCCCAGCCCGCCUUCUGGGCAAAGCCUUGCAGGUCAUCAUCCAAGAAAUGCUGGAAGACAGUGAGGAGGUCCAGACUCAAAAGUACAGCAGCCAAAGGGAAGCCGCAGGGGAAUGCCUCCUUUAGAUGAAAUGUUUCAACCCUCGGUGGAAAAGCCCACUCUGCAGCGGAGUCUCUGAAAGAGUGGCUUGUGAGACAGGGUACACGGCUGGGGUGGGGAUGGGGGGAACGACAGGGCUAUUUUAGUGUCCAAAGCGAAGAGAAGAUUCCCAAAGGCAGAUGCCUCACAGGGGAUUAGCUAGCUGAAGCUAAGACUUUCAGGACAAUUUUAUUGCAACCCAGUAGUUUCCCUUCCAAGGCUGUGCGGUCCUUCCUACAUUGAUGGGAUGACAGAGCUGCUUCAGAGGUUCCAGAAAUGGAGAUGUAGCUCUGGCUCCAGGGGCCCCAAUUCUGGUCCCUAAGCUUGUCAUUUAGAUCUUCUGAAUGGCUUUGGGGGCCACUCAGUCUCUAGUGUUUGGCUUUCUCCGUCUCUCUGUCUCUCUGUCUCUCUUGUCUCUGUCUGUCUUUGUCUCUCCCUCUCUUUUAACAUUUUU